GCAACCUUUGGCUAGUUGACUAUUGAUCACCUCUUACAACAAAUGUAUCAGUAAAUGUAGAUCAGCGUUAACUAUAGAGAAAAGGCCAGAGUAGAACUAGUUAUACAGUUUAUGCUAGACAAUCAGGGCCUCAAUGGAGAUGAAGAUUACUGUCUCUUGCCCAACACCAAAUCGUUGCACUCUUCUCAUUCUUGUUUUGUUUUCUUUUGCUGCCUCGCCUUUGCAUGCUAGCCUCUCGUUCAACUUCUAUGCAAGUUCAUGUCCUACUGCUGAGCUCAUUGUCAGCAACAUGGUCAGAUCAGCUUCCUCUUCUGAUCCGACCAUUCCCGGGAAACUACUGCGCCUCUUGUUCCACGACUGUUUCGUGGAGGGUUGUGAUGCAUCAGUACUGUUACAAGGAAAUGGAACUGAGAGAAGUGAUCCAGCAAAUACCUCUCUUGGAGGAUUUUCGGUUAUCGAUUCGGCUAAAAGUGUGCUCGAAAUCUUCUGUCCAGAGACCGUUUCUUGUGCUGAUAUUGUUGCCUUGGCUGCUAGAGAUGCAGUUGUUACAGCAGGUGGACCUGCAUUCGAGAUUCCAACAGGAAGGAGAGAUGGGAGAAUAUCCAAUGCUGCAAAUGUUAGAUCCAAUAUUGUAGAUACAAGUUUUACCAUGAUUGAAAUGAUAAGGCUCUUCAAUUCUAAAGGCUUGUCUUUAGAUGACCUUGUUACUCUAUCAGGUGCUCAUACUAUAGGAGUAGCUCAUUGUAAUGCAUUCAGUGAUCGAUUUCAAAUGGACUCCAAGGGAAAUCUCACCUUGAUUGACACAUCCUUAGACAAGGCCUAUGCAAAAGAGCUCAUGAAAAAGUGUCCAUUGGGUUCAAGCGCGUCUAAAACAGUAAACAAUGAUCCCGAAACAUCCUUUGCGUUUGAUAAUCAGUAUUACAUCAAUCUAUUGGGUCACAAGGGAUUAUUUCAAUCAGACUCGGUUCUUGUAGAGGAUGAAAGAACCAGUGCAAGAGUAGAAGCAUUUGCAAAUGACCAAGAAACCUUUUUCCGGAGUUGGAGGGACUCAUUCUUGAAGCUCACUACCAUUGGAGUGAAAACAGAUGAUGAAGGGGAAAUCCGACAGUCUUGUUCAUUUGCUAAUUAGGUGCAGAUGUAUCCUAUAUAUAUAGACAUACAUGUUACAUAUGAUAUUAGUAGUGCAGACUUAGAUAUUAAUAGUGCAGACUUAGUUGUCCAAAUAAAGGCUCUUGAGCUUGUAAUAAUGCCUAUAUUACAUCUGAUAUAUACAGGUAAAUUUUGUCUGUGAUGUUGUCCUCUAGCUUGUAUAUUUUUGGAGAAAUCUAAUGGACCUAGUUGGAUGAUGAAAUUAAUAA